AUGGGUGUCUUCGGGAAAAAGAAGGAGACGGAGCUUGCUGUUGGUUCAGCACUCGCAGCUGUGAGCUCGAUGAUGAAUGGUCUCCAAACCCUGCCUCAAUGGCGUGGGUUCUUUGGAAACCCCGAGGGUGCGGUCCUUGGUCUCAUGAAUGCGGUCUACCCGCUCGGCAAAGUCGUCGCUUUAUUCUUCGUCACCUAUAUCUCUGAUCGCUGGGGUCGCAAGCUGCCUCUCGGCAUUGGGUUGGUAGCUUGUAUCGGAUUUGCUAUCCUCCAGGGACUGUCUCCCUCUUUGGCAAGCUUUGUUACCGCAAGAGCUCUUCUCGGCUUUUUCACUACAUUCAUCAGCCAGCCAAGCCCCAUCAUCAUCACCGAGUUGGCCUACCCUCCCCAGCGAGGCAAGGUCACGGCACUUUACAACACUUUCUUCUACUUCGGAUCUAUCUUUGCUGCAUGGUGCACAUACGGAACCUUCAAGAACCCCACAGCGUGGAGCUGGAGGAUUCCAUCACUCUUGCAAGGUGCCAUUCCGGUCAUUCAGCUGCUCGGCCUCUUCUUCCUACCAGAGUCACCUCGCUGGCUCAUGAGUCGUGGCCGCAAAGACGAAGCCCGGAAGAUGUUUGCAGACUACCAUGCAGGCGGAGACCUCAACAACCCUCUCGUCGAAUUCGAAAUGCGCGAAGUCGAACAAACCCUCAACGCCGAAGCUGAAGCUAUGUCCCAAUCCUCCUGGCUUGAGCUUGUCCGAACCCCUGCGAACCGCAAACGAACUCUUCUUGCAGUGAUUGUCGGCCUUUUCAGUCAAUGGAACGGUGUGGCUGUGGUUUCAUAUUACUUGACGCUUGUCCUCAACACGAUCGGCAUAACUGAAGUCAAGGACCAGACUCUUAUCAACGGACUGCUGCAGAUUUUCAACUGGAUCAUUUCUACUUUCCUCGGAGCCCUCAUGGUUGAUCGUCUCGGACGCCGCCCGUUGUUCCUCAUCUCCACAGGAGGCAUGCUUGCCAGCUACAUCAUUUGGACCGGCCUGACGUCCUACUUCGUGACGAGCAAAAACGAGGCGACUGGAAGAGCUGUUGUGGGAUUCAUAUUUAUCUUCUACUUCUUCUACGACAUUGCGUGGACGCCACUAUUGCAAGCAUACCCAGUCGAAAUCUUCCCCUACACUCUGCGUGGCUGUGGCCUCUCGGUUACGUACAUCGCCGCGUUUACUGGUCUUAUCAUUGGCAACCAGGUCAACCCUAUUGCGAUGAAGUCGAUAGCUUGGAAGUACUACAUCGUGUUUUGCUGUAUUCUCGGGCUGUUGUUGGGCCUGAUUUGGUUCUUGUUCCCUGAGACGAAGGGACACACGCUCGAGGAAAUCCGAGAGGUCUUUGAGGGCAAGCCUGAGGGCAAGGAGAAGGAUAUCGAGGGAGCGGAUGUCGAUGAGGUGACGAAAGAGGGAAGAGUGAAACAGGUUGAGUUGGCAUGA